UAUCGGACAACCCUUGCAAAUGCUGCCACAGUGCAGCUCUCAUUGAGAUGAGCUGCCAAAUUGCACACACACACCCCUAUAGCGCGGCUGGCAGCAUCACCCACUGCCUGCAAUGGCGUUGUAGAGGCUAGUGUGUCCAAACGUUCCUGUAGUCCCGGACAAUUUACGAGCUUGGGAUAGAAAUGUUUUUCUUUUGUUUUUCGAAAGGUUUUGCAACAAGAGCAUCCAUAUUUUCCACGAGUUUAGCCUCUGUAUUGCAGUUUAUUUGUAUCACGCGUCAAACGGAGCUGGAGCCAUGAAUGUGUGAAUGGGGCUAAAGGAACUAUAACAUCAGGCGGAUCCGAUUAGGCAGGAUUGCGGUAGGUCAAACUAUACUCACAUUCUAAUGAGGCCACGGCAAUGCUGACAUCCCCUCUGAAUCCAAAGACAUCAUCAUGCUGAAGACGGAGGCCUCGGGGGAGAGGACCAGCCUCCGGAGUUCCUCCCCCCACCGUAAUGCUUACCGGGCUGAGUUUCAGGCGCUUAAGAAGGCCUUUGACCAGCCUCGGAUCGAUGGAGAAUCCAAGCCCAAAGACCUAGUACGGGUGAAGCAGCCAAGGGGACGCCAGUAUGGUGGCCAUGUCAGUCGCAUUAAGGACAUGUUCAUGCAAAUGGGCUCAGAAAACGUGCAGGCUAAGGUCAAGGCCAAGGCUUGUGAUGAUUCGUCGCCACAAAAGUUGGUCAAGCCCACCAACUUCAUCAACAAGGCCGAUGGAUCAGUGAUAAAACUCCAGCAUUCCGCAUCAGCUGACAGGGUUGGAGGUGCUGGAGCAAAGUUCUCUGAAACCAGGAGGCUGUUUGAGCAGCAGUUACGUGACCAGUCCCAGUCACCAGUCUUUCCAUACGGACGGGAUAAACGAGGUUCCCAUGAGCAUCUAGAUGACUGGCGAGGUGCAAGGUCUAACCGAGGCAGCACAGACUCCUUGGACUCACUUUGCUCCAGAACAGAGGCGUCCUCGCCAACUGUCAGUCAACUGAGUGCUGUUUUUGAAAAUGCCAAUCACAACAACCAAGGUGCGCCCUACAAAGGAGUGAGCAGACGGGCCCUCUACUCACCAGAGGGAUUCCAGCGCCCUGGAGGUGAUGUCAGUGAAGAUGAUUCAAGACAAUCUCCAGUUCGUGGAAGCUACCGGGGCAGGACAGGGGAAAAGUUUCCCACAUCCUUGUCUUCUGAGGACCUUCUGAGCCCCAGUCCUGCCACAGAGACUUCUGAGCUGAAACCAGUACCACAAGAGGAAGAAGUCCAAGACAAAGCAGACAAGGUUGAGACUACGGGAAGAGAUAGGCAGCAUCUUUCUGGGGUCACCACCAACGGAAGCCAGGUCAAUGGUUCAUGUGAAGAAGAGGAGAAACCUUCAGAAAAAAGAAAACAUGGUGAGGAUCUAGGGGUGUCCAAAGAUUCAAAACCUACAGAUAAUGUUGUGAUUACCGACAAAACCUUUGAAGAUGAAACCCCUGAGCCAUUGCCGACCCCAACUACACCUGCUGGGGAAAGCCAGGAGGAUGGGAAUGGUUCAAGAGAAGACAAGUCCUCUGAAUCUCCCAAGGACCAGGUGGAAGAACCUGAUGAGGAAUACAUUGGGAACGAGCGGGUGAUUUUUAACGCAGACGGGGAUGCCUGUUACCAGGGUUGGGGGGAAAGCUGCACAGAUCCUGAAGAUGACCUCUACGGAGACGAUGAGGAUAUUGUCUACGACCCAGGCUCUGAUCUGACAGAGAUUCCUGGUCUACCACACGAAAACAAAGAUGACAUCCCUCCAAAGAGGAAGAUUCGUUUCAGCACUGCCCCCAUUACAGUGUUCAACACCUACUCCAACGAGGACUAUGACCGUCGUAACGAAGAGGUGGAUCCUGUGGCCUCCUCCGCAGAGUACGAGCUGGAGAAGAGGGUGGAGAAACUGGAGCUUUUCCCAGUGGAGCUAGAGAAAGAUGAUGACGGCCUGGGGAUCAGUAUCAUCGGGAUGGGUGUCGGCGCUGAUGCAGGCCUGGAGAAACUGGGCAUCUUCGUCAAGACCGUGAUCGAGGGCGGAGCUGCUGAGAGGGACGCCAGGAUCAAGGUGAAUGACCAGAUUGUGGAGGUGGAUGGGACCAGUCUGGUGGGCGUCACCCAGAGCUUCGCUGCCACCGUCCUCAGGAACACAUCAGGAGUGGUCAGGUUUGUGAUUGGCCGAGAGCGUCCGGGCCAGCAGAGUGAGGUGGCCACGCUCAUCCAGCAGACCCUGGAGCAAGAGAGGAGACAGAGAGAGCUGCUGGAGCAGCAGUACGCCCAAUAUGAUGCUGAUGAUGACGAGCAGACCGGAGAGUACGCUACAGAUGAUGAGGAGGCGGGGACAACGGUGGCAGGCGAGGACAAGAGCAUCGAGGUGUUUGACUUGCCAGAGUCAGAGGACAUUUUGUCUCCCUCGGAGUUAGACGCCACUAAACUCUACCAGAAGUUCAGAGAGCUCCAGAUCAAACACACAGUGACUGAGGCCGAGAUUCAGAAGCUCAAAAACAAGUUGGCGUCAGUGGAGAAGGAGAAGCAGCGCUGGGAGAAGGAGAAGAGCCAGCUGAAGGCCAGCAUCGAGGAGAACAAGGAGAGGAUGUUGAAGCUGGAGAGCUACUGGAUCGAAGCACAGACACUCUGCCACACGGUCAACGAACACCUGAAGGAGGCGCAGGCACAGUACCAAGCUCUAGAAAAGAAGUACAACAAAGCCAAGAAACUCAUCAAAGACUUCCAGCAGAAAGAGGUGGAGUUUAUCCAGAAGGAGGAUGCAGAGAGGAGGCGGCUGGAGGAGGCUGAGAAAGCUCACCUGGCUGAGAUCCAGGGACUGCAAGUCCGGAUCGCCACGUUAGAGUCUGAGCUAAUGCAGCUGAUGAAGCAGAACGGCAUCCAGGUCAACAACAACAACAGCAACAGUGCUGAGAGGCUCAGCGCUCAGCAGCACAGCCCCAAAAGAGCUGCAGCACAACCCAGAGAACUGAGGGAGGGCUCUCCCCAUUCACCCAGCAAAAAGAGCCACAGAGGAGUCACUCAGGACAGCAUCAGUUCCACCGAGGGAGAGGUCUCAGAGGGGCAAGGCAGUCCAGCCCACACUCGAUCUGGUUCGAUUCGUAGUGUGGCCUCUUGUGAUGGAGAAGCUGCAGUCCUCAGGGCCCAUGGCAGCACAGAAAGCUCCCCCAGACGAACACUGCACCGGCCAUCCACCGCGGGUUCUCAGUCUCCUGCGAUGCCAAGCCCCUCUCACUGUGUGGAGGAACACAGACAAGCUCCAGGUCCUGGCUCCACAGAGCCGUCAGCAGAGGACAGUCCAGUGAAACUCAAGGCCAAGGUACAUGAGACCCUUACAUGGCCCCACUUCUUCUCCUAUUCAUAUUACUUGGGACCCACUCUGAACGAUGAUCUGAGCGCCAGCAGCAGCAGCAGCUCAGUGGAGAUCAGUGGCCUGAUGAGCGAAGCCAAGAUGUCAGGGCGCUCACACACACUGGUGCUCUCCUCAGAUGAGAGUCUGGAUAUGAUAGAUGACGAGAUCCUAGACGAGGGACAGAAGCAGUAUCAGUGGCAGAACCGCAGCAUCACAGAGUGGACCUCCCAACAAGUGGCCCGCUGGCUCAUGGGUCUCAACUUAGAACACCACAUCCCAGAAUUCACUGCCAAAAACAUAGAUGGAGAGCAGCUGCUACAGCUGGAGAGUGCUGAGCUCAAGGCCCUCGGAGUUACUUCUUCCCUGGACCGUGCCCUGAUCAAGAAAAAGAUCAAAGACCUUAAAGUUCUGAUGGAGAAGGCCAAGAGAAAUCAAGAGAAAGUGGAAAAACAACGUGAGAAGCUACGGAAGAGAGAGCUAGAGCAGCAGCAGAAAGAGGCACGCAAAGAAAGCGCGGCAGAGUGAAUUGAAUUGUUAAAUCACCUACCCCCUUUACUGUAGCACCACACCAAGUAGCAACUCAUGGAACAGAACGUCCGUAGGCCCCAGAAAUGAACCUUGAGGGACACCUGCUCAGUAGUUCAAUUAGUUCUCAGUGGUGGAGCUACACACCCAACUGUCAGAGAUUAUCGAGUGACUUUUUCACCAAGAAAAUGAAACCAAAAUGAGCAGCUGGAUAAUAGGAUCCUGCCCCGAUCAUUUUCCUCAUUUUACACCCAUCCUGUGUUUCUUUUAAGAUUUAAGAUUUUACUCAGUUCUAUUUAUUUUGCUGUUCAUUGCUGUAAAUUAAGUUUAUUUAUUCAUAUCCAGUGUGUGAAAAGUUCAUCUCAUCCAAUAUCAUCUUCAGAGCCGUCUGCGUUAGCCAUCACUCGUAGACAUGAAGACCAUGGACAUGUACAGUGAUAAAUACAGAUACAAAUAUGUCUGAUGUGCCAUUUUGAUAGACUUAUGUAUAUCCUGUUCAGAUACAUAGAUCAGUGAAAUCGCUCUAUUGCUUUGACAAAGCAUAUACGUGGUGGAAUUCAUGAGGCAGUACUCAUCUCCCACCACUGGGUGUCCUCAUGCUGCUUACUUUCACUACUGAAGGAGGCGAAACUGUGACUUUCCAAUAGGAACUGAAGGGGGAACCAAGUUUCAUUGGGAGAAACAAACUCUCUCAGUACUUGCAAGAUCACUGGAAGUGCAAACACUGUAAAUUUAGCCUCUGCACUGGCUUGUCCAAUGCUUCUUACAGUACACAUGUAUCAUACUAAAGCAGUUCACAAAGUAUGAAUGACGAAUGAAGGACAUACUGUAACUCAUUGGACUGGUUCUAAUGGAGACUUCAGGUACAAUGUAAUCAUGACAUUUUUAAUUUACCAAACCUGUACCACAAAAACAAAAACAAAAAAUGUUAAACUGAAACUUUCUGCUUAUAUGCAUAAUGUUGCUUUGACACCGCUUGUAACCUGCUUUUGACCUCUUUUUAUAUCCUCUCUCAAUAACAAAGUAAUACCCCGCCGCUGCCUUUAGAAAUUCUAGAGUAGUAGAAUUUUUCUGAACUCCACCCGCUUCUGUGUGAGUGUCGAAACACAUACAGUGGAGUAAAUACUUCUGUUGUUUUUUUUUCAUGAAAAUUGCAGGUUCAAGUUCACCAUGCAAAUUACUUUGGAAUAUACUGAGUAAUAUUUAGGAAUGCUGCCAUAUAGUCGAGUCAUCUCUGUGAUGGAGACAGAUGCAGUGAAUCCAGAAAAUGUCUUACAGAUUAUCGCACCCGAUACUACUGAAGUUACACUGGAAAUUGCACCUGUUAGAUGCAAUAUAAAUUUCAUUUUCUUAUGAAACUGGUUCAGUAAGACUUAAAAGAUUUUGAUUUACUUGUUAGAUAAAAAAAUAUACCUUUGUAAUUAUUUUGACAUAUAUAUUUUAUGCAAUUCUUGUUUUUAUGAUUAUGACGCUCACUGAGAGACAUGUUCCCUGUGUUACUUCUUGAGCAUUCCCAAUAAUCAUUUCGUAGGUUUACAGUAAAUAUAACAAAUAUACCAGUGUCACCGUGAUCGAAAGGAAGGCAGCUUUUGUUUUGAUUCCUUUUUGUCUCAAGGGCCCUGCCUGGUGAACUGUUAACAGGUUAAGAACAACAAGAAUAGUAGGUGUUACAGAUACCUCCAUGCAAUGCCACAGUAAUAAUACAGGUAUCACUGAUCUGUUAAGGUUAUUAUUUAUUUAUUUCUGUAUUUAAUGAAGCAACUGACCACUGUUUAUGAUAAUGUAUACAAAAAUAAGAGUAUUAUUAACACUUAACAAUGAUUUAUCCAGAAUUGUAUGAUGAUUUCCUAUUGCCAAAACAUAAUUAAACCUGUUCAUUAAAAGUGAUUUAGAUUAAAAUGGUUGUUAUCAAAUGAAGGAUUUAAAGUAUGGAAAUAUAAAGUGAGAAGAAAACGCAGUAAUACUCCCCCAUUGUGCUUGUGGGUUUCCUUUAAUACAACCAUAGUGCUGCUCCAGUGCAACUCCAAUAAACUGCUCAUAAUGUAUUCUUAUGAAAUAUUUUGUAACACUUGAACCUUUCUGUGAAUACCCCCCUCCUUUCUCCUGUCAAGUCAGUCUGCCGACUGCACUCUUUUGACUCUUUUGUAUGUAUAGUAAAACACUGAGAGCAACACGCUGUAAAAAUCCUAAAGAAGCCUUGUUUUCUAUCGUGUCAGUGUGUGUGUGCACAGUUUGUCUGAGGGCUGAGGAGACUUAAAGGUUACACCUGAUGCCAAAAUGUGAUUCCGGAUCUUUUCUAUGUGCUUGACUGAGCUCGUCUGGGCAUGAUGAAACCAACGUAUGGAUGAGAUCCUGGUGCUCCUGGUAGGCGUUUGAGUCAUGUCUGGAAGGGUUUGUCUUUAAUGUACUUAAAGAGCUAAAGAUAAUCACCACAAACUGCUAGCCAUACUUUCACUCUUUUAAAAAGCUGUGCUUAUUCUCCUCAUUUUGUUGUCAUUACCUUGCUCUCUUUUGCAUUCUGAAAAGUUUGAAAGGGCAGCUACCUGUCACAAAGAAUAAAAUGUGCGGUCACUGUC